AGUUGUCACGUUCAGCCUAUUGUUGUUCAUUAUCGUCCAAUAAAAAAAUAUAUUAAUUGAUAGAGUACAUUCAUCGUAUCCCUUCUUAACCUUGAAACAGCUAUCAAUUCGUAACUCUUUAGAUAUAUUAAAUGUAAAAUACAUAAAAAUGUCAAAAGUGAAUUCAGAAACACCUAAUGGUGAAUCUGCAGUGGUGACCGAAGAAAUCGCUGAAAAGCGCAUUGGUUGCGCUCAUUAUAAGCGAAGGGCCAAAUUUGUGACACCAUGCUGCAACAAGCUUUAUAUGUGCCGAUACUGCCACGAUGAGAACGAAGAGCACUACUUCAACAGAAAGUCUGUGACAGAGCUGAUAUGUACAGAAUGUGAUACUCGGCAGAAGGUCCAAGCGGAAUGCGUGAACUGUGGAGUGAGAUUUGGCAAUUAUACGUGUCUGAUUUGCAACUUAUUUGACGAUGAAGAUAAGAAACAGUACCACUGUGAUGGCUGUGGCAUAUGUCGAGUGGGGGGUCGGGAUAAAUUCUUCCACUGUGAACGGUGUAACAUGUGUUUACCAGUACAGUUGAAAUGUGUUGGUCACAGGUGUGUAGAGAACGUGUCCCGGUCGAACUGUCCCGUGUGCUUGGAGGACAUCCACACGUCGCGCAUCCCGUGCCACAUCCCGGACUGCGGACACCUGCUGCACCGCCCGUGCUUCGAGCAGAUGCUCAAGUCGGGCCACUACGCCUGCCCCACGUGCCAGACCAGCAUGAUUGAUAUGACCAAUCUCUGGAACUACCUGGACUCCGAGGUGGCAGCGACUCCCAUGCCGCCCGAGUACGCCGACUACAAGACGACCAUUCUCUGCAAAGAUUGUCACAAGUUAUCAACUGUAAAGUUUCACGUGGUCGGACUGAAGUGUCAACACUGUGGCGGAUACAACACGUGUCAAACGAAUGGAUUCCACAAAGAUAGCGGCAGUUCUGAGCAAUGCGAUUCAUCGUCGUCUCCGUCUAGUUCGACCAGUCGAAGUUCAACAUUCGAGCCGAGAGAAGAACCGAUAAACGACGACCUCCCGCAAGCCAAUCCGCUCGACGAACCGCCGCAGGCCUGACCGGAACCGGAUCAAACCGGACCGAACCGGACCAAUCGCGAUACACGAGAGCACGUCUGACGUGUCAUGCGGACUUAUUUUGUACUUUAAUUGGACGUCUCUUUUAUUUAUAUCGUAUUAACUAUUUCUAAAUGUUUAGGAUUUUUUAAUUUAUUUAUCUGUCGAUAAUUUUAAACUAUAUCAGUACAAGAACACGAUAAAUAAAUGUACAUAGCGUUAAUUCAAUUAUAAUUCAUAAUAUUAAUACUGUUGUAAACGUGUUUCUAAACUGUGUAUUAGGCAUGCGUCCGAUAUAUUAAAACGAAUUCAAAGUCCGAUUUCAAACACAAAUCGAUUCGUAUCGAUUUCACAAACUAAAAAUCCGAUUUCAAAAAUCGAACCAGCCGAACCAAACGCCAGCGAUCUAUAGAUCGAUACCACUAAAACAUUUCGAAUCGACAAAUAAAAUCACUGGAUAUCACCAAACGAAUUGUGUAUGGUAUCCAAACGCAGACUGAUUGUGACGUACUAUGAAAUUCGCUUUCUCUUUCUAACCAAUUGUAAUAGAGCGGAAAAAAAGGAUAACGCGAAUUUUGCGAUUCGGAUUUCGAUUUGUUGGUUCAGCUACGCAAAUCUAUUACACAAUCAUCGACCUUACUUUCAAGUAUUUAAAGACUAUAUUUGCCUGAGCGCAAGCGAUUUGGUGAGGCUAGGCGUUACCGAAAUCGGAUUUUGAAAUCGAUUUAUAAAUUUGCAAUCGGAUAAAUAUCAGUUGUCUACUGUAUAUAAUAUGAGCAUCAAACUACAUAUAUUGAAUACAUUCUUUACAAAGUAAAAUUAAAAAACGGUUGGCGAUGAAGGUGAAUCGAUAAAUUGUUUCUAGCGAACGCUAAAACAGACACUACCUUUGUAGGCUGUGAAAUGAAAGAAUAAAAUAUGAACUUUUAUAAAACGGGCACACAUUUGACUAGACAGAUUUAUAAAUGCUACCCAUAGUAUGAACUAAAUCGUCCAAAUAAUGUUGAGACGCUCAAUUUUUUUUAUCUCUAUAUAUAAUAAUUAUCAUUAAUGAUAAAUUUUCUAAAUCCGUCAACUUAGCAAUAAUAUUACAUUUAAGAUAUAAACUUUGUGAUGUCAUUAAUAUAGAUUGGGUUUGUAACGAAUAUUUUUAGUUACUGCCUGCCUCGUCCGUCUUUCUAGCUAAAGGCUUAAAGCUAGGUCCCGAGUUGUAAUAUCGAGGCGAACUAAUAAAAGUUAUUGGGUUUACUACCAAAUAACUCUCGAGCUAUGACUCAGCCUAUGUUAUGUAUAUAUUAUAUAUGCAAUAUAUAGUAUAUAGCAAUAUAUAGUAUAUAUUAUAUAUAUUAUAAGCGCAGCGUAGGGCGCCCUCCAGCCAGGUGGACCGACGACCUUAAGAAGGUGGCGGGCACCAACUGGAUGCGGAAGGCGGAGGACAGGGAGCUUUGGCGCACCUUGGGAGAGGCCUAUGUUCAGCAGUGGACAACGAUUGGCUGUUGAUUGAUUGAUAUAUAUGCAAUGGCAGGAGAAGUAAUAAACAAACCUUGGAUAUUUUGGAUAUUCUAUGCGAUUUUCUAAUCGCUUACCAAAUCUGUUAUGUACUACAAACAGUUUUUGAUUGUAACUACGUAUAUAUUUUAAUUUCACUCCUAAAGUUCCGACAACAACUUCGCCGACAUAGAAUACGUUUUUUUUUCACGCAUCGAUUUAGAACAUUAUUUGUACUCUGUCAUCAGAAUCGACCAUAGACUUUAAAAUCUUUUGAAUAUAUUGUCAAUUAUUCUUUACAAGCCUAAUUUGUAUAUUAAACCAUAAUCGCUAAUGUCUAAUUAAUAUUAAUAAUAGUAAUUAAGAACGAAAAUUUUAUUAGGCUUGUAUAAAUUUAAGAGGCUUUGUAGAAGAUUUUGUUUAUAACACUCAAUUUAAAAAAAAACCUUAACUCACUAUGUGUCAGCAAAUAUGAACCUUAUGUCGUAUUAAUAACAAUAAUUUUGAAUACAAUAUUGUAUGACAUAAUAUCCAGUAGUCAUUGUAUACAUUAUUAACAUAUUAUUUAUAGGGAAAAUUUAUAAACUAAGCACUAUUGAUUAAAGUAUAAUUACAAUCGUACAUAUGAAAAGUUAUGACCUUUAUUUUAUCAUAAAUGUUAAAAUUAAUUAUGUUUUUUGACUAGAAAUAAUAAUACGUUGUUCUAUGGCUUUUUUCAAUUUUAUAUCUUCCUGUGAAUGUACUGCAUUGCUAUUCCACAAUGCUGCUCGUGCGGUUUGAUGGUUAACGGUGCUCUUAAUUAAUUUAAUUAAUAAUAAAAAUAAUAAAGUUAAUGUCUACUUAUGUAAAGUUUUUAAAUAUAUUUAGCCUAGUGGUUAGAACGCGUGAAUCUUAACAGACGAUGGGUUCAAACCCGGGCAAGCACCACUGAAUUUUCAUUUGCUUAAUUUGUGAUUAUAAUUCAUCUCGUGCUUGACGGUGAAUGAAAACAUCGUGAGGAAACCUGCAUGUGUCUAUUUUCAUUGAAAUUAUGUCAUGUGUAUUCUACCAACCCGCAUUGGAGCAACGUGGUGGGAUAAGCUCUAAACCUUCUCCUCAAAAAGGGGGAGGAGGUCUUAGCCCAGCAGUGGGACAUUCACAAGCUGUUACUGUUAGCAUAACAUAUACAUGUCUUACUGCCACUGCAAACGCCAUUAUGGUUUUAUAUUUAUUACAAUAGUGUAUUAUAUGUUAUUAUUUCUUAUGAUCAUGAGUGUUUUAUUAUAAGUUUUCUGCGUUCAUUUCAAUUGAGAUCUUAAAUAAUAUAGUGACAAUACAAUCCCACAGCUGGGACAAAACUCUUUUGGUGACUUGAUAGGCUUGGAAUGUAUUACACCAUGCCAUGUAUUAAUUUAUAAAUAUCAUUAUUAGUUCUAAAAUAAUAACAGUGACAUUACUAGCUUGAUCUUAAAUUCAUAUUCUGAACCUGAAAAAUAGACUUGUAAGAUCUCGAUUCCAAAUCUGCUAUAAAAGCCUAUUUAUAUAAGGAAUAAUAAUUGGAAAUAUGUUGGUAAUAUAUAUUAAUAUAUAAAGCCUAUUCCAAUCGAAGGAUAAAUUAGCCUUAAUAACACGAAUCCAUAAAUAAUACCAUAGAUUAUUCAAGAUCUCGACCAUUGUUGGAUCAAGCUAUAUAUGUUUUGCGAUAUCGUAUUUUUAUUUACAGAUUCCUUCGAAUAUAUGUAGAUUUUUUUCACAAUUUUUAAAAUGUCUGUGAAGCUAUUUUAAUAUAUUCACUUAUAAUUUUUUUUGUCAAAAUCAGUCUUUUGUUAUGAAUUUAGUUAAUAUUCUAAAGUACAGUAUUUUAAUGUUCUUAGUGCGUAAAUGCUGCUAUAAAUAUGUAAAAAUAAUUUAAUAUUAAUUUAAGUUAAGA